CGCAUAGAUUGGAAACGCCACAAGCACAAGUCAGUCUGUGAGUUUCGGAAACUGCGGAAGAGUGGUAGUGUACAGCCUCAUAAGCGCACUUGUCGGGCUACAGCGAUUGAGCUGGCCGAUAGACACUCUCCACCAGUCCUGUGUGGGUCAUAUACACUGAGCAAGGUCUGUGAUAGGGCUGCUGAUUCAUCAAUAGGUACCCCGAUUACACGCCCAAAUGGCACAGUCAGUUUGCAUUCGCUAGAUCAGAGGUCUCCCCGCUCCAGAAAUGAGCCAAUGGUGGAAGCUGUAUGUGCGUGUAGUCAGAAAAGGAAGUCAAAGGGGAAGACGCGGAUGAAGGCUCUUCAUGCGACGGGAAGAUCUACAGCCACUCCUCUGAAGAGAUCGCCCGACAUUAUAACAUCUCACAAUCCAAACAAAUGCGGUCAGAAGGAUAGCCAAUCCAGAUCACAUGCAACAACAAUCCGUUCCGAUGAUGUGCUAAACAGCCUGGUCGAGGAUGGGACUCAAGCCAUCAGUGCAAAGGAAAUCACUCCGUACCAGAGCACAUUGCAGGGCAGAAGUACAUUAGCACGCACUGCUGUCGACACAUCGGUUGCCAAACCGACAAGUGGCAAACCCAAGGUGAGGUGCAAUACUCCCGUCACCUAUCCUGUUACCAGCAAUACGAUGGUCAUACCGACGAUCAGACGGUCUAAAGCGAACUAUAAAACUGGCACCACGGGAUGUUCGCGGCACAAGCGGUUGAGCGCCAACAACCAGAUCAACACGCACACGCUGAGACAGUCUCCUGACGGGCGCACGAGGUGCCGUGGGAACGGUACGAAGCCACACACCUCGAGGGUCGACUGGGGUGAGAAUACUCUAGUCCAUCCUAUGUCAGACACGCCACAUACAUCUGCGAGGCUGGUGAGCGAACCUUUGUCAGCGGAUACUUUAGGACGUGCUCAAUCGAACUUAUUAAUGAACGCAAACGCGUCGACCAAUAAGAAAAUGAAAAGGACUGCACACGAGCCCAACGCAGUAGAAAAACCUACGAUUUCGCUCGCCUUGGGUGGUAGGGCUGGUUUUGAACCAAAGAAAGUUAGUCUACAUACGAAGGCAAGGGAUGUUCAGAUGGGAGUACCACAAAUGAUUUCGAUCAAUGCUGCGGUGAAUGCAGACAAUGUUGCUUUGGAGGCGAGUGUCGAUGAUGCCCAGAUCAGCACAUGUCCGUCAAACACAAAGCGAGAAUGGACAGAUGUGAAGCUGGAAUGGAAUGACCCCACGAAAGGCCCACCCCCUCUCCUAUUACGCACAGUAUCUGACAAUCCCCCAUCACAUCACCUCUUGGAUGAGCAAUCCCCGAAUACACUGAUGUGUGCGUGGCAUGGCUGUGAUGCGAGGGAACCAGACGGGGAUGCUCUCUUUCGGCAUAUGUAUAUGCAUGUUACAGAGCUUCCAGUCGCAUGUGCAUUUGAGAACUGCGGGAUGGACUUCUCAUCGCACGCCAAUCUUGUGGCGCAUACCUCAUGCCAUUUCAUAGCAGCCACUCACACGUGUGCCUGGAAGGGCUGCGACUUCGCCUUCAGCCGCAAAAGACGAGAGCAUUUUGUGACACAUAUGCGAACACACACGCGUGAAGCUGCCUUUGCGUGUCCGUGGGAGAACUGUGAUGCCGUAGCUACAGCUAAGCAAGUGAUAGUCAAGCACAUGAUGAAGCACCACAGCGGAGUGCUCCCAUUCGCCUGUACUGAGGGAGGGUGCGACAAGCGGUAUGCUACUAAAUAUGCCCUAGCAAGACAUCGGGUCACGCACACGGAUAGAUUUGCCUGUGUCUGGGAGGGGUGUGAAAAAAGACUGAGUUGCGAAGCUAAGCUCAACGCACACAUGAUGAGUCACGCAGGGAAGAAACUGUUGUCUUGACAAGUCGCAGGCCUCUCACUCUUAGCAGUCCAAUCACAGGUGCUUGAUAAAGGUCUUGUAACGCUACUCUUGGCGCUGACGCC